GAGAUCACCACACAGGAGCUGAGGGUGUAACAGGGUGGUCCCCAGGAAAGGGGGAGGUUCCAGGUUCCCUGCCCCACCCAAGGGAGGGGAGCUGAGCAGGAAGAGGAGAAGCUGCAGAGGAGACUGAGGAAGGAAGCAGGAUAGAGCCAGAAGGAGCCCUGGAGGAGGCGCAUGGAGCCGAGAGACACGUGAAGAAACUGCGCUUCUCUUUUGGUCAUGGACUGGGUGACACAGAUGUGGCUCUGUCCUUUCUUCUGGGAGAAGGGUCAGGGCCCUGCCAUAUCAGCAAGGCCACAAUGAACUGGACAACCUCUUAUAGGCACCUGUUCCUGGUGGUGCUGCUGGCUCUUGUCCCAGAGGACACACAUAAUCAGGGAUUACAAAUAGUGCUGGGGAAGGCAGAAGACCAAGUAGAGCUGCCCUGCAGAGGUUCCAGUGGUUCCCAGAAGAAGACCGCAUACUUCAGCUGGAAAGAUGAUUCCAACACCUUGAUUCUGAGGAAUCAGAAUGACUUCAUCACUAAAGGUAGUAGCAAGCUGAAAGAUCGUGUUGAUUCAAAAAAGACAACGUGGAGCCAAGGGUACUAUCCUCUGAUCAUCUCAAAACUUAAGCAAGAAGACACGGGGAUUUACAUCUGUGAAGUAGGGGACCAGAAGACGAAGGUGCAGCUGCUGGUGUUCAGAUUGACUCACAGGCCGAGCGACCGUGUGAUUGUAGGGCAGAGCCUGAGUGUGACCUUGGAAGACCCACCUGGUAGUUCAGUGGAAAAGCUUUCAGUUGAAUGGAAAGUUCCAGGGGCUGAAGGCCCAACGAAGGGCAGGGACUUCUCUUUGUCCCAGGUGGAGCUGCGGAACAGUGGCCCUUGGAAAUGUAACAUCUCCGUAGGCCAGACCAGCCUGGUGUUGAGCAUAAACAUCUUGGUGCUGGGUUUCCGGACGUUUCUUGACCCAGUCUAUGCAAGAGAGGGGGAUAAGGUGGAGUUCCUCUUCCCACUUAACUUCGAAGCCAAAUCUCUGAAUGGGGACCUACAGUGGCAGGCAGAAGGAGCCUCCUCCCCACAGCUCUGGGUCAACUUCACCUUGGAGAACAACCAAUUGACUGUGAACAAGGCCUUCCAACACCUCGAGAUGCAGGAGGCGCACCCCUUCUGCCUCACCCUGCGGCGGGUCUUGCUUCAGUAUGGGGGCUCUGGAACCCUGACCCUGAAUCUUAAGGAGGGGGUCUUGCAUAGGACAGUGAAUCUCGUGGUGAUGAGAGUGACUACGUUCCAGAACAAUGUCACCUGUGAGGUGAGGGGGCCCCUGCCUCCCACACCGCAGCUGGUCUUGAAGCGGGGGAACCAGAGUGUGGAGGAGAUCUCAAAAGUGCCGAAGCAGGUGACAGUGCUGAACGCUGAAGCAGGCACAUGGCAGUGUCUACUGAGACACAAGAACAAAGUCCUGCUGACAACCGAGGUGGAAGUUUCUCCCCAAUUCACAAAAGCCUCGCCAACAUUCCUGGCCAUCGUGCUGGGUGGGAUCGCAGGCCUUCUGCUUCUCUCUGGAUUUUGCAUUGUCUGCUGUGUCAAGUGCUGGCAUCGCAAGCGCCAGGCAGAGCGGAUGUCUCAGAUCAAGAGACUCCUCAGUGAGAAGAAGACCUGCCAGUGCCACCACAGGCAGAAUCAGGCCUGCCCAGCCUGGAGAGUGAGAUCGGGUGUCUGAAGCGUGAAGCAAAGGACUGUCAUUUUAUGGCCAGAGAGGCUGAAGGCCAGCCCAAGACCAGAGAGCCCGUCAAGACUCCCAAGGUUCCUCACUGCCAGCCUCCACUGCUCCACGCUGCCUGCUUCUCAGCCUGUGUUGGGGGCCACUGACUCACAUCCUGACCUGUGUGUAAACGGGGACCCCCCGAUACACACCCCCAUACACAGCUCACGCUUGCCCACAAACACGAUUCCUUAUCACACGAGCACUGUCUCAACCUGUAAACCAGUUUCACAUCCUCUGUUUGAUACAUAUGAAAUCCCACACGGCUGACAGUGACAGGACCAGGAUUAGCAUCUCUGGUUUACAUACCAGAAAUGGAGCUCAGAGAGGUUAGAUGUUUGCCCAAGAUCACACAGCUAGAUGAUGCUGAGUCAGGACUAGCCCAUCUCUUGACCCCAGUUCCACUGCUGUUUCUCAAACACAGGGACAAAUACCACGCAGAUUGCUGCAGCUGGUUAGUCAUAGGUGCCCGUGUGUACCUUUGGGUCCCCAGGAGCACACAGGGAGGCCCUGCCUCAGAGGGUUCAGGAAGGUGGAAGAAGACCUCCCUGCCCAGUCUCAAAUCCCUCCUCCAUCACCUGCUGGCUGCAGAAUCCUGUUACCAGAGGACAAAGGUUUCAGCUCUAAUUAGAGCACAGUUUGGGAGCACAGGCUCUGUGGGAGAGAGCCCAGUGACCUGCCACUCACCCCGUGCAGAACCUUCUGGAAGGUGAACUUUGCCAGAGGGUGCAGAACCUUCUGGAAGGUGAACUUUGCCAGAGGGCGUGGGGAGCUGGUGUGAGAGUGAACCCUCUGAGGGGAGCGCCUGUGAAGGGCAGUAGCAUUGGACCUCAGUCCCCCUGUCCUGCAACCUCCUUCAUCCUUCCCCAGACCUUUCAGGACCCAGGGAAACAGGGGUGGCGGGGUGGGGGGUGGUUACAAGUAUUUUUCUGACUCUCCUUGAUCCAUCUGCAGCCUCCUUUGCCUCUCCUUCCUUCCUUUCCUCUCCACCUCCCUCAGUCUCUACCCCAUUCUCUUUCCCCUUUCUUCCUAGCUAGCCCCUUCCAGCCCCUUCCAGAAAGACCUGGCUGCCAGGCUUCCUGCCGCUUGAUUUGUAUCCCUGCCCACUCCCACCUCUGCCUCUUGAGCCCACAGGAAAAACAGUAAACUUAUUAUUAUGCUCUUCAUUUGUGUGUGUAUGGGACAUGGGGGGUGGCCCCUUCUCUGGGGACCAGGGUGGAAUCUGCUCAUCUUUGUGGUCAGUCCCAGGAAGUGAAGUUUCCCUAGGGAGGGAAAAAUUCUUUGGAGGCUGAUUAACCACCUCUCCACUCCAAAGGGGUGUGUGUGUGUGUGUGUGUGUGUGUGUGUGUGUGUGUCCAAGACUGUGUAUGUCCAAGACUCUGGUUCCUCAUGCGAUACACUGAGGGAGUUGUGUGUUCCCAUCCAAGUGUAUGUACCUGGUGGAGAGAAAGGAUCGUGUGAAACUACAAUGUGUGUGGGGGGAUUAUGUGCACACAACAUAAGCGUGAGUUUGUGUGUAGGAAGAGGAAGUGGGGUGUGUGUGCGGCGUGCACCCUUGUGCACCUGUGUGACCCCCACCCCCCAGGCAGACCCAGCUUCAUCACACCUGCCCCGGCCCCAGACAGCCUCCAGCACCUGCCCCUCCACGACACUCCCCGCACAGCCCUCACACGGAUACACACGGUGACACACGGUAACACACGCUUCCUCCUCCCUGAACAGCCAGCUCCUUGGUCCCCAACAACACCAGCUGCCUCUUUGAGCUGGUGUUCAUCUUGGAAAACGGGGUGGGGUGGGGGGCAGGACAGAACCAUCUCGCCAAUGAAGCGGACUCCCCGCCAUCCCGCUCACCCCUCCC